AUAUCCCAUCGCGAACUGAAAAUUCAAAAGCCAACAAACACAGAGAGAGUGGGAGCACUUCGUCGGUUACCGCCAAAACCCCAUAGCCAUGGAAAUGCAGAGUCAGAGCUCGAAACCAGAUCCGAUUAGACCAAAGGACGACAAGCUUCUCUCCCUCGACGAUUACCACUCCUUCAUUGACAGCAACAAGCAGAUCCACCUCGCCCUAAAAAAACUCACUCAGAUCAUCGGCAUGCACGGAUUCGUAAGAUUCCAGCGUACGAAGAAUGUUACAAUCGAGGCCGUCAAGUCAAUCGACCUAAUGGAACCCUCGCGUUCCACACGGAACGAGGAGAACGUUUCUUCUAACGCUUUCAUGACUCUGGAGGAGGCGAUCAGCGACCUGAAGCAGCUCAAUUGGCAAGAAUGCUGCGUCACCUCGAUCCAAACCGUAAACUCGGUGAACCACGACUUAAUCCUCGACACCACCAGUGCUCCGUUGGCAGGAUCGAAGCUGAAGUUGUCGAGGAAACGGCCGCGGCAUGCAGUACAGGGAGACGCCACCGUUAGGAGUCUCGGCGGCGGCAGCUCUGGAAGAUCGCGAUCGGUGAGUUCUUCGACGGGGUCAGGGCGGCCGGUCGACGGAGUUUGCGCCGUGGAGGAUGAGUGACGUGACGAGCGACGGUCGUUCAUAGAGAGGUAAUCUCGGUGGUUUUACCGCUGGUUACAGGGUUCAAUGGCGGAAGUGUGGUUUCUGGAGAAAGAUAAGGGUAUUUCUGUCUUCCCGAAUAAUAAAUGUUUUGUCGGACUUUUAUCUACUGUUCCUGAGAUAAGUGUAAUUGCUUUGUUUGUGUUCUGAAAAUCUAUUGGCUGCCUUUUGCUUGUGAAAAAUGAUUUGCAAA